AUGCCGCCAAAAAAGAACCAGAAGAAGUCCCAGCAGACCUCCAAGGCCAACUCGAAAGUGCCUUCGAAGGUCAAUACUCCUCAGCAACCAGGAACCCCGCUCGAAGCACUUCCAUCCAAGCCACUCGGGCCAGCUAUCGUGGGAAUUAACUUCGGGCAAACGGCAAGUAGCAUUGCUUUGAUCAACAAGGACGGCACCGCCGAUUGCAUCGCCAACGAUGAUGGGGAGCGACAGAUACCUAGCGUGAUAUCCUUCUCCGGGAGUGAAACAUAUGUCGGCAAUCCAGCUCGAUUGCAAUUAAUCCGAAACCAAGCCAAUACGAUCGUUGGUUUUCGAAACUUGUUGGGCAAAAGCUACGAUGAAGUCAAGUCUACCCAGACCGAAGCUUUGUUUAACUCCGCGCCGGUCAUCAACAAAGAUGGCCAACCUGCUUAUCUGAUCAAACCUUGUGUCGGGGAAGAAAGCAACGAUGAAUCCGCCGAGCAAGUCCUGACGGUCGCCGAUAUUGCCACCAGAUAUCUGGAGACUUUGUUAAAGUAUGCUCAAGACUUUAUCGGUCGCAAACCUGAUGCCGCCGUUCUUUCCGUCUCCGAGGGGUUUGGUUCCAAGCAAACCGAAGCCCUGCGAGCGAUAGUAGAAGAUAAAUUGGGUGUGAAGGUCCUUCAAUUCAUCACAGAAGCUAGUGCGACUGCUCUUGCCGCUGACUUCGGAAACACAAGAUCGGGCAAACCGAGCGGAGAUGCUAACCUCCUCGUCUUAGAUGUCGGUGGUUCCUCUACAACCGCGACGGUGAUGUCUCGUCGGAAUGGAUUAGUGAUGUCGUUGGCCAGCUCCACUGAUUUACACUUGGGAGGAAAUCAUUUCGAGGAGCUCUUGAUGGAUCAUUUCGUCAAGGAAUUCAACAAGAAGAAUAAAACGACUCUCAACAUCUUGGAUGAGAAAAACCACAAGUCUGCGAUCAAGCUGCGACUCGCUACCGAGGUCACCAAGAAGACGCUAUCGGCCUCGAAUUCAGCCAACUGUAGCGUUGACAGCUUAUUUGAUGGGUACGAUUUCAGUGGAAGCAUUAACCGGAUGCGAUGCGAUCUGCUGUUGAGCAAAUCAUACUCCCAGAUCAUGAAGCUGGUGUCGGACACAUUGGCUAACAGUAAAUUACAAAAGGAGGAAAUCACUCAGGCCAUCCUUGUAGGGGGCUCGACAAAGCUACCAGCAAUUAAGGAGAAGCUCAUCUACGCAUUACACCCCAACGUGAAUGUGGACUUUUCGAUCGAAAACGACGAAGCUGUCGCCAUUGGCAGUGUACUUCAAGCUGACUUGAUCGUCAAGCGCUAUCCUCUCGACUCGCCGGAGUUCACCUCUGCUUUCAAACCGUCCCUGUCGACUAACUGCCUUCAGGUAAAAUGUAUUUCCCAGCCGCUCGGCUUAUUACUACCGGCUGAGGCAUCGGCGCCCGACGUGGUGGAUGGAAAACGGUUUAUCACUCUGUUGGGUGCCUUGACCCCCCUUCCUGUCAAGAAGGUCUUUAUCAUUCCUAAGAUCAGUCCCGGAAAGGCCAGCACCUUGCCGCUCGAUCUCUGGCAAGGAGAGUCGUACAUCAAGACGGAUAUCCCCCAGGCCCAAAACGGGGCUGGCAAGAAGGAUGGUGCCGACGAAGAUGACGAGGACGAUGAAGAAGAAGAACCCGAGCGGACCUUGGUCGUCAAACCCACCUCUGCUGUUGCCCAUGUGGAUCUCACGAACGUACAAGAAGGCGACCGAGCAACGAUUACGAUCACCAUCGAUGGUAAUCAAGGCUCGUUCGAAGUUUCUUGCGGAAAAACUGGAGUCGAAAACCAAACCAAGUCCACCUUUUCUAUAUAA